AUGAGGCCGACAAUUGCAAGGCACAGCGACAUGCCCGGAGGCAAGGUCUACAACCUCUGGUGGGGUGACAAAAGCAGCGUAAGCGGAAGGCAGCGGGGUAUCGUCGAAUACACCAUCUCCCCGUGGCAGACCAAGGCCGCGCCCCACUGGAUACGUUCGUACCUCUUCAAUGGAUAUCGUCGCAUCUCCGGAGAGCUGUUCUUCUUCGGCAUCCCCAUCGCUGUCGGUUACGGCGUGUACACCUGGGCAAAGAACUACGACGAGUACCAGAACAGCAAGGCUGGACACCUCGCGUCGGGCGGACACCACGAGUAG